AUGUCUCACCUCAAGUACUACGCAUACGAGGGCGUCGGUGGGCAAGGCGGCUGGCACGAUGACGGCACGUUCGAGACAGAAAUCAACGCCCAAAUUGACUGUGCGUUCGCCAAUGUCGAGAAGAACCUCAAGGACGCUGGCGGCAAGGGCUGGUCGCAGGUCUUCCGGGUCGAUUCGUACCAUGUGCCGCUCGACGACGAGGCGCCGGCUGCCAUGAUUCGGAAUUUGGCCAAGUACAUGCCCGAUCACCAACCGAUCUGGACGUGUGUUGGGGUUCCACGUCUCGGGGAGGAAGCCAUGAAAGUGGAAAUCGCUGUGGUGGCCCAUGAUCCGGAGGGGGCCAAGACGGCCUGA